UACAAAGAAAGUUUCUUCCUCUCGUGCAAGGCAAGUGAAAUCAGUAUAAUAAAUAAUGAAGAAAAUUCGCAAUUCGCGACUAGAUACCUUAUUCCAUGCUAACAAGAACAAGCCUUAUGCCCGGCGAUAUCGCGCGGUAGGAAUAAAAUACACUUUUUAAAAUUAAAGAUAGUAUUGAAGAAUAAAUAUUGCAAUAAUAAUUUUCAGCCGCCACAAGUUGUAAACAAUGAGGAAGGAACCAGCCGGAGACAACCGACGAACCAGCAUUACAUGGGAGAUGAAACACAACCUCGGUCAACUGAGAACGUCAAUGGUCCAAUAAUUCCGAUAGAAGAAAAGCGUAAUUCUGUGGAACAACAAAUGUGUGCUCUAACACUUCAAGAUACGCCGAGUUUCGCCGCUCCCGGUGCGCAGGCUUUUUCGUCAUGCUCCUUACAAGGGCGGCCUAUCAGAGAAAACACUCCUAACGAAGAAAUUGUUACUCAGAAUGAUGCCACCCUUCCAGUCAACUUAUUAGACCCUGAAACCGAUUCAGAGUUGUCGAGCGAAGAAGGCGAUUCAGAUCAUGAUACUACUACAUCGACUAAUUCGGAGCAUGAGUUUGAUGGCCAUGCGAAAGGAAAGGUAACAUUUUUUUAUGGGAUUCAGCAAUUUAUAAGUUCAGUUAAUCAUCCACAUCCUCUGUUUGGUGCGAAUAAAUGCAUUUGCAAAUCAAAAAGCAUAUAUCGCGUAAAUAUGUUGGGGGCUAAGGACAGUAGUCCACAGGGUCAAAUAUUUGACAAGGAAAGAACUCAAGAAACAACAUCAGUUUGACAUUAAUGAAAAUUCGAUCGAGUCAAACAAGAUGUUUGAGCAUUGGUUUCUUUUUGGACAAAUAUUUGACCCUGUGUACUAACAGCUUAACCAAUUCUUACGUUUUACAGUUUUCACAAUUUGUCGACCCACGUAAGUCUAUGGUAUCUAUAAUGUCUAUAGUCCUAUCUGGUUCUAUCUGUUUGCACAGUACUCAGGAAGUGGAAGUCGUAACCAAAAAGGGUUCGUUCGCAUAUUACGUAACACUAAGAAAGGAGAGCGCUUGUCUACCGCUGUGUCACUCUCCAUCCCAAAAUUCCCCAUACAAAAGUUGUUACAUGGGGCAUGGGGGAGAGUAAGGGUCUUAAAUUGGGAAAUUUUGCAUUCCGUAAUAUGCGAAAGAAUGCAAAGUAAAACGUUUACCACAUAAUGUGGUCCACUACUGUUUGAUAUUUUUUUCAUUUUCUUCAGGUUUUAUGUUCAUAAAUACAUUAUUUUUCAGGACGACUUCAUCAAUGAAGGGGACCUGCUGCAUCCUCAGCUGAGCAUCACCAAGAACGAUGUAAUGAUUAUGCUUUUGCACAUUUUCAUUCGCCAUAAUCUUACUAACAGCGCACUUGAAGAUUUUCUCCGGCUGAUUAAUGUGAUGGUUGGAUUCUCGUCGCUCCCAACUACCUACUAUUCGUUUACAUCGUAUUUUGGGACACAGCAGUUUGUGCGUCAUUACGUAUGUAAAGGCUGUGGUCUGUACAUGGAUGAAAACAGCGAGGAAAUGUGCAACAUUUGCGGAAAAAGUGAGAAAACCUUCUUCAUCUCAUUUGAUUUGGCCUCAGCUAUCAAGACCGUUAUUUUGAGAAAUUGGGAACAAAUUCAGGAGUACAAAUCGUCUUUAGUUGACGGGGAAAUCAGCGAUAUUUUACAAGGGAAAGUAGCUCGUAAGAUAUACGAUGCUUGCAAUUCAUAUAACAUAUUAAUUUCCUUUAACACGGACGGCGUAGCUGCUUUCAACUCCAAUAUUAAAAAGUCUUUAUGGCCAAUUUUAGUAACUAUUAAUAAUCUACCACCUGUUUUAAGGUAUAUACGAAAAAACAUCAUUGUUGCUGGGCUAUGGUUGUCGCAUGGAGAGCCUGAUUUAGACAUAUUUAUGAAACCAUUUUUGGGACAACUGAAAGAUUUGGCAGACGAAGGUUUUACUGUAUUGAAUGACGUAUUUUGUAAAGUAAUCACAAUUUGCUGUUGCGUCGACAGCGUAGCACGCUGCAAACUUCAGCAAAUUAAACAAUUCAAUGGUUAUGAGGCAUGUAGUUUUUGUUUGCAUCCAGGGUAUUUAACGGAGAACAAUCAAGUGCGCUAUAAAUAUCUCGAAUGUCAGAAUAGAAACCACCAAGACACUGUAAGAGCGAUGGAUUUGUGUAUGAAACGUGGAGUAACUAUAAGUGGAAUUAAAGGUGUAUCGAGCUUGCUUGUAAUUCCUUAUUUUGAUGUUAUUGUCAACUGUCCAGUGGACUAUAUGCAUGCUGUUUUCCUAGGCGUUUGUAAGCAACUCGGUGGACUGUGGUUCGAUUAUAGCAACAAUGAAUAUUGCAUAAAACGCCAUAUUGAAAAAAUAGAUAAUAUCAUGUCCUCGAUACGCGUAUUUCAAGAAUGUUCUAGGUCCCCCCGAAAAAUAACUGACAGAAAAAUGUGGAAAGCUAAUGAGUGGCAAAACUGGUUAUUGAUUUACAGUUCUGUUUGCCUGAGAAAUAUUUUGCCGCAAGCUUAUUAUGACCACUUUCAGCUGUUGGUAGAAGGAAUUCAAAAAUUACUGAGUAUACAUCUCACCGAAUAUGAUAUAGCCGAAACCGGAAGACUUCUGAAACGAUUUGUUCAGGGUUGUGAAACUCUGUAUGGCAUUGAUGAAAUGAAGUAUAAUGUACAUUUGCUACUCCAUAUUCCAGCAUGUGUGAAUAAUUUUGGUCCAUUGUGGGCAUUCUCGCUUUUCUGCUUCGAGGAUAUGAAUGGCGUUUUAAAAAAAUACAUUAAAGGUUCAAAUCAACCGAUUAUUCAAAUUGCCAGUCGUUGUAAGUUAGCGCAAGAGCGAGAUAAUAUUAACCUAAGCAAAAUAAAAAACCAAGAAGUGCAAGAAUUUUGCAAAUCACUUUGUGCAGCUAAAUUAAAAUCAAAAUGCCUGAACCCAAAUUAUAAAAUCAGUAAUCAAUUGAAAAGUACGUUAGGUGAUGCAAUGCAAGAUAAUGUGAUGGAAGAAAGGAGUCUUUUGAAGUGGAACCGAUUUACCUUUAAACCAGGAAAAGUAACAUUCGUAACAAAUUCUGUGCACAAAUCUGAUGAUGCAACAUUUACCAUGCAAGUGAAAGACAAAACUGUUUAUGGGACCAUUACGCGUAUUCUCGUUUGUAAUUCUGAUAACUAUUUGAUUUACAAACCAAUAAUAAUUCAAAAUGAACAAAACCUAGUGAUAGGAGAAGAAACGAAUAACGAAGUGUUAGUUAAAGUAAACAAUUCAAUAAGGAAGUGCGUUAGAAUUCACGCGAAUCAAAAAAUGUUUAUAAGAAUAAUUCAGUACGUACCAUGGGUUGAUUAAACUGUUAGAAUAGUUGUAGAAAUAUAUUUUUUGUAAAUCCUGACGAUAAAAUAAAUGUUUCGUGAUAUAUUAAAACAUUAUAAGAUCUUGUUCCGUCAUACAAUCAGAUACCUAUUUGAAAUCAUUCAAGGAUUAUGAUAAUCGUUUUUCGGGAUUUUUAAACUCCUCUCCUUCUUUUGUCAUACGCUAUUUUCCUAUACCUAAUGCCCGUACUGUCAUACUUUUCUAGACACCCGGUGGGUUGUAAUUUAUGAACGUUUCGCUUACGAAAACUUGAAUAAUAUUUUCAUUUUGUCUCACUAUCCGAAUUCGUUUUUAAAACAAAAGAAAAACCAUAGAACGUAUUGUGCCAUAAUGUUAAAUGGUUAUUGUAUGGUAUUUAUAAUUAAAAGGGAUCUUUUUUCGCCAUACAACUACAUUAUAAUAAAUUGUAUCCUAUUCAUUAUAUGGUAAGUCAAUGGUUUAUUCCAUAUACUGAAUGGUUCGUUUUUA